CCAGCAUUUGGUCCCUCUGUUAUCUUCAGAGGAUUCUAUCAGAGAGAGAGGCAUGAAUGGCUUCUCUUCCUUUCAGCACUAUCCCAACCAAACUCCCACAUCCAGUACCAACAAAACCUCACGAUGACCAACCGAGCAACCCUUACUUCCACCGCGUUUCGUCUCUGUGCAAAAACGGCGAGAUCAGAGAAGCUCUGAGCUUAGUCACGGAGAUGGACUUCAGAAACGUACGCAUCGGUCCAGAGAUAUACGGCGAGAUCCUCCAGGGAUGCGUUUACGAGAGAGAUUUCCACACGGGGCGGCAAAUCCACGCUCGCAUCUUGAAGAACGGCGACUUCUACGCCAAGAACGAGUACAUCGAGACGAAGCUGGUGAUCUUCUACGCGAAAUGCGACGCUCACGAGAUCGCUGAAACCCUCUUCUCGAAACUGAAGGUUCGGAAUGUUUUCUCCUGGGCGGCGAUCAUCGGUGUGAAAUGCAGGGUUGGGCUCGCUGAAGGAGCUUUGACGGGGUUUGUGGAGAUGCUUAAAGAUGAGAUUUUUCCUGAUAACUUCGUGGUUCCGAAUGUUUGUAAAGCGUGCGGUGCGUUGAAGUGGAGUGGGUUUGGGAGAGGGGUUCAUGGGUACGUGGCGAAAUCUGGGCUUUACGGUGAUUGUGUGUUUGUGGCGAGUAGCUUGGCGGAUAUGUACGGGAAGUGCGGGGAUUUGGAUGAUGCGAGGAAAGUGUUCGAUGAAAUUCCUGAGAGAAACGUUGUUGCUUGGAAUGCGUUGAUGGUGGGUUACGUGCAGAACGGGAUGAACGAGGAGGCGAUUCGGCUUAUGUGUGAUAUGAGGGAGGAAGGUGUUGAGCCGACACGGGUCACUGUUUCGACUUGUUUGUCUGCUUCUGCUAAUAUAUGUGGGGUUGGAGAAGGGAAACAGUCUCAUGCCGUUGCUGUUGUGAACGGGUUGGAGAUGGAUAAUAUACUUGGAACGUCGGUAUUGAAUUUCUAUUGUAAGGUUGGUUUGGUCGAGUAUGCUGAGAUGGUGUUUGAUCGAAUGAUUGGGAAAGAUGUGGUGACGUGGAACCUGCUUAUCUCCGGGUAUGUUCAACAAGGGCUGGUGGAAGAUGCUAUCCGCAUGUGCAAGUUGAUGAGACUUGAGAAGCUGAAGUUCGAUUGUGUAACUUUAUCGACAUUAAUGUCGGCAGCUGCGCGUACUCAGAACUCGAAACUAGGGAAAGAGGUUCAGUGUUAUUGCAUUAGGCACAGUUUUGAAUCCGAUAUAGGUUUAGCAAGUACCGUUAUUGAUAUGUAUGCCAAGUGUGGGAGUAUUGUUGAUGCUAAGAAAGUGUUUGAUUCCACAGUGCAAAAGGACUUGAUACUGUGGAACACAUUACUUGCAGCGUAUGCAGAGUCUGGCCUUAGCGGAGAGGCUUUGAGAUUGUUUUAUGAGAUGCAGCUAGAAAGUGUACCACCAAAUGUGAUAACAUGGAAUUUGAUCAUUCUAAGUCUUUUCAGAAACGGUCAGGUAGAUGAGGCCAAGGAAAUGUUCUUGCAGAUGCAAUCUUCAGGCGUAGUUCCGACUGUAGUCUCCUGGACCACUAUGAUGAACGGUUUGGUGCAGAAUGGUUGCAGCGAGGAGGCAGUUCAUUAUCUGAGAAAGAUGCAAGAAUCUGGGCUGAGACCAAAUGUCUUUAGCAUCACUGUCGCACUCUCUGCUUGCGCAAAUCUAGCAUCAUUGCAUCUCGGAAGAUCAGUACACGGAUACAUCAUAAGAAAUCAACUGCAUUCCUCUUUGGUUUCGAUCGAGACUGCAUUGAUUGACAUGUAUGCUAAAUGUGGAGACAUAAGCAAAGCAGAGAAGGUUUUCAAAAGAAAGUCAUACAGCGAGUUACCUCUCUACAAUGCCAUGAUCUCGGCGUAUGCAUUGUCUGGUAACGUGAAAGAAGCAAUCACUCUGUACAGAAGUUUGGAAGAUAUGGGCAUCAAACCAGACAACAUAACAUUCACAAACGUCUUAUCUGCUUGUAACCACGCCGGGGAUAUCAACCAAGCCAUCGAAAUUUUCUCUGAUAUGGUUUCGAAACAUGGCAUGGAACCAUGCUUGGAACAUUAUGGACUAAUGGUGGAUCUUCUUGCAUCAGCUGGAGAAACGGAAAAGGCAUUACGGCUAAUGGAGGAAAUGCCAUAUAAGCCAGAUGCGCGGAUGAUCCAAUCUUUGUUAGUUACUUGCAACGAGGAACAUAAGACCGAGCUUGUGGACUACCUAUCGAGGCAGUUGUUGGAAUCGGAACCUGAUAACUCCGGGAACUAUGUGACGAUAUCGAAUGCAUAUGCAGGUGAAGGAAGUUGGGAUGAAGUUGUGAAGAUGAGAGAGAUGAUGAAAGAUAAAGGGUUGAAGAAAAAGCCUGGAUGUAGUUGGAUUCAGAUUAAAGGAGAAGAAGAAGAAGUGCAUGUGUUUGUUGCCAAUGAUAAGACACAUCUUAGGAACAAUGAGAUACGAAGGAUGUUAGCAUUGUUACUACAUGAUAUGUGUUCCGAUUCCAACUGAUGUUUUCUGUAUGAUAAAUUUACUAAUGACGGUCAAACUAGUGACGUAAUAGUUGAGAAGGAAAUAAAAUUCACAAAAAUAUUUAUAUGAAUAUUGUUGUAACAUC